AACUUUAAAAAUAUUGAAUCCCGUCUCCUAAUGUGCUGCCAUUACGCAAUAAAGCGGUGCUGGUGUCUGUGACUUCACGUCAACUUCCAGCCAAGUCUCGCGAUAACUCCUCCCCCUUUUACUACACUCACACGCGUCCGCCACCAUCAUCGGCGUCACUCCUCCUCCUCCUCCAAGCCGGCCCCUCCCUUUCCGUGUGCGCGGCUCUCCUCUCCUUCAGACUUGGCUGCCUGUCACUUCGCUGCUUGCUGUGUCGGAGGCUCGGCUUCCCUUCUCUCGGACCCCCCGAACGAGAGCCAGCCGCUGCGGCCACCACCACCACCACCACCACCACCACCACCACCACCACCACUACCACUACCAGCACCACCACCCGUCGUCGUCGUUGUCCUAACCAUGGCGACCACCGCUACGUGCACCCGGUUCACUGACGAGUACCAGCUGUACGAGGAGCUCGGGAAGGGAGCUUUUUCAGUGGUGCGCAGAUGUGUCAAGAAGUCGUCGGGACAGGAAUACGCCGCAAAGAUCAUCAACACCAAGAAGCUGUCUGCACGAGACCACCAGAAGCUGGAGCGUGAGGCUCGUAUCUGCCGGCUGCUCAAACACCCCAACAUCGUGCGACUGCAUGACAGCAUUUCAGAGGAAGGAUUUCAUUACCUCGUCUUUGACCUGGUGACAGGCGGAGAGCUUUUUGAAGACAUCGUAGCCAGAGAGUACUACAGCGAGGCCGACGCCAGUCAUUGCAUUAGUCAGAUCUUGGAGAGUGUCAAUCAUAUCCACCAGCAUGAUAUUGUGCACAGAGACCUCAAGCCCGAGAACCUGUUGUUGGCCAGUAAGAUGAAGGGAGCUGCAGUGAAGCUGGCAGACUUUGGCCUCGCUAUUGAAGUGCAAGGAGACCAGCAGGCUUGGUUCGGCUUUGCGGGAACGCCUGGCUAUCUCUCCCCGGAAGUCCUUCGGAAGGACCCCUACGGCAAGCCUGUGGACAUAUGGGCUUGUGGUGUUAUUCUCUAUAUAUUGUUAGUUGGAUAUCCUCCAUUUUGGGAUGAAGAUCAGCACAAACUCUAUCAGCAGAUCAAAGCCGGGGCCUACGACUUUCCCUCCCCUGAGUGGGACACGGUGACCCCUGAGGCAAAGAACCUGAUCAACCAAAUGUUGACCAUCAACCCGGCCAAGAGAAUCACUGCCGAGCAGGCCCUCAAGCACCCAUGGGUCUGCCACCGCUCCACAGUGGCGUCCAUGAUGCACAGACAGGAAACUGUCGAGUGUCUCCGCAAGUUCAACGCUCGCCGAAAACUCAAGGGAGCCAUCCUCACCACCAUGCUGGUGUCCAGAAACUUCUCAGUGGGCCGGCAGCAUACCAACUCUGCUGCUGCCGCCUCCUCCACUGCCUCACUGGCUCAGGAAGCAUGCAAAAGUUUACUCAACAAGAAAUCCGACUCUGCUAAGCCUUCCACCAACAACAGUAAGAACAGUAUAGUGAGCGCCAUCAAUGCCCUGAAAGACAACAACAUGGCGACCAACUCCCAGAUGGAAUCCCAAAGCACGGUGGUGCACAAUCCUCCUGACGGCGUCAAGGGGUCCACCGAGAGCAACGCCACCAACGACGAGGAGGAAAUGAAAGCGGACAGUACAGCGCUGAGUCAGAGCAGCGCCACCGAGGAGAUGCCCCCACUUCUGCCCUCACCUCAAAGUUCACCUGCCACUCGCAAGCAAGAGAUCAUCAAGAUAACGGAGCAGCUGAUCGAAGCCAUCAACAACGGCGACUUUGAGGCGUACACGAGGAUUUGCGAUCCUGGACUCACUUCCUUUGAACCCGAGGCCCUGGGCAACCUGGUGGAGGGUAUGGACUUCCACAAGUUCUACUUUGACAACUUGCUGAGCAAGAACAAAAAGCCGGUGCACACCACCCUGCUCAACCCCCACGUGCACCUGAUCGGCGAGGACGCCGCCUGCGUGGCCUACAUCCGCCUGACGCAGUUUGUGGACGCCACCGGUCGCCCGCGCUCCAGCCAGUCGGAGGAGACCCGAGUGUGGCACCGCCGCGACGGAAAGUGGCUCAACGUUCACUUCCACUGCUCGGGAGCGCCCGCCGCCCCACUACAGUGAUCAGUGGUCCUGAGCCUCCGCCCUGCCGGAGGCGUUUUGGGGGGCAGUUUUUUUCGGCAAGUGUGUUUCGGGGGGGCUCGUCCCCCUGCGUGGACGGGCUCGUGCCAGGAGCCCGGCCGGGCCAGAUCGCAUCCCUCUCCACGAUACCAACCAAUCCUGUCUCUCCUUUGACCCGCCGGGGGUUUCGGCCGAGCACAAGACGUCGUCGCCCGCCGCCGCCGCCCCUCCCCCCACCCACGUGGGGACGAUGCAUGCAUCUUGGCGCCUGCCUGAUUGUGGAGGGCGCGUCUUUGCCCUCUGGCCCUCCCCCCCCACCCCCCCGCCCCCCUCGGCAGCCAUCUUUCUCGCGGCCCGCGCGAAGGCGAGACGUCCCGGGGGGAGGAGCUGAUUUCCAGUUGUGACGGUUUAUGUGUAAAUUACGACUCUCGAUGUUCCAGAAAAACCACCGAAACCCAAGCAAGCAUUUAUAGUCUUCAUCCGAUAAGGGAGGAGCACGUGAAGUUAACCGACGCCUUCUUUUUUUUUGGUCCUUUUUGUUUUUUCGGAGGCAUGUGACCUGGAAGGGGGGGGGGGCAAACACGCUUUGAGGGGGGCUGGAACUUGAUAUGGAAAACAUGAAGCACCAAAGUGUAGAACUUUAGGCUUUUUAUGUGUUUUUGUUUCGUGUGCUCGUUUCCUCCCCCUAACCUCCCCCCCCCCCCCCGCAGCUUGGUGUAACGUCGUCACGCGUGGCGAGGACCGGGGGCGGGGUUUAAAGUUGCGUGUUCUCUUGUGUUUUUCGCGUCCCGUGACGAGCUUUUUCUUUUUCUUUUUUUUCCCCCCUUAUUGAUAUUUAAAGCUACUUUUUAACUGUUUUUAGAGAAAAAAAGAAAAAAAAAGGGAGGAGGGGAUUAUAUUGUGUAAGCUUUUUCCCCGCGCACGUCCUGUCUUGUGUGUAUGCAGCAGGGGGCGGCAGAGGGCCCGCCGUUGGCCCCGGGUGGCGUUUGCAUGUCGGCCCCGCCUCCUCCUCCUCGUCCUUGUUUUUUGUCUUCUUUCCCCUCCUUUGUUGCUUUUCUGCCCAGCGCCUACUUGGUUCCCCAUACGGUGUGUGUGUGUGUGUGUGUGUGUGUAUAGAUGUACCUGUAUGUCCCGCCCACCUCUCCACUGGCCACGCCCACCUCGAGAGAGAAACUGUUCUCGGAGGCCACUUUUUAAACGCGCCAUAUCACACACGCACGCCUGGUGCUGUGUUCAAAAACAUAUCCGCACACCCCGGCCGCCCCACAACGUUGUGCGAGCCGUCGCCCUCGUCCACCUUUCAGUCCUCUCCGCCGUCGCCGCUUUUAUUUGUACGAAGCCCCUAAGGACAUGGGGGAUAUUUUUUUUUUUUUUUUUUUUU